UCCUAGGGCUUAGUGGUCACAUACGUAGACAGCACUUUUUAGCUCUUAUGUUCACAAUUGUGUUCACUGCUGAAUUGGUGGUGUUAUGGACACGUAUGGGGGUACUUACACUGCCCUCUGGUGGUGUCAGAAGUUUAUAACACACUACGGUCAAAAUUCAAAAUGGCGGCGAACACAAGGGAAGAUUCAAGUGGUAGCUCCAUACACAAACGUCGACCAGAGCGUUUUUCUUUGCAAAGAGCAUUGGAGCUACUUGGGUUAAUUGAUGGAGACAACUCAGAUUUGGACGUGUCUGACAACGAUGAUCCCAUCCUGGAUGGCAAUUACCAACCAUCACCACAGGAGGAAAGCAGCAGUGUGGACAGUAGUGAUGAUGAGGACCCCAUUCUUGAGCCCACUGACCACAGCAGAGGACGCAAAGAUCUCCGUAGUGCAGAUAAUGGUUAGCCAAGACCCAGUAGAUAUUUGUUUAUUUUAUGCAGUUAGGGCCUUAGGGCUAUGUGAAGGAUUGGAAGCAAAAUGCUUAUUUACAAAACUUGUUGACAGGUUCAUGGACAGGGACAGAGACAAAUACAGGUUCAUCCCGCACUCUCAGACGUCGCCGUCAAAGUCAAGAGAUUGAGGCUGAUAGCUCAGAAGAUGACUUGGAAGAGCCAACACCAAGACCAAGCCAAACAAAAAAAAAAGAAAAAGGGAGACUCUGAACAAGGACGCUGGAAGGCUACUCCAUUGACGCCAAACCUGGCAGAGUAUCAGCAUCAGGACGAAACUGAUCUAGACAGACAUGGCUGGACCCCACUAGACUAUUUUGAACAGUACAUAGAUAGAGAUUUGAUGAUGACGAUUGCAGAAUGCUCUAAUAUUAUGUCACUGUCUAAGAGUGGGGAGCCACUUAACAUGACAGUAGAUGAGGUUUACCACUUUUUUGGUGCCUGUAUUUUGAUGUCCUGCAUCCGAUACCCAACCAUUAGGAUGUACUGGUCCAAAGCCUUGAAAAUCACUGCCAUCACUGACAAAUUCACACGUGCCAGAGUCUUCAAACUGAGGGGAGCAAUGAAAGUGGUUAUUGAUCAUGAUGUGCCAGAAGACCUGAGAAUGUCGGACAAAUUCUGGAAGGUGAGGCCUUUUCUGGAUCGGAUUCUGCGAGGCUGCUUGUCUCUGAAUCGACCUGAUUGCGCAUCUAUUGAUGAGCAGAUGAUUCCUUUCACAGGAGCCUGUCUGUGCAGACAAUAUCUGCCAAUGAAGCCAAACCCAGUUGGCAUAAAGAACUUUGUUUGUGCUACAGCAGAUGGCAUUGUGCUUGACUUUGAGCUGUAUCAAGGCACAGGUUCACUGAUUGAGAAGGUCGAAGAACCAGAGGGCCUGAGUUUGGGAAGCUUAGUCAUCGAGCGUCUGUGCCAAACUCUGCAUCGUGGCACAAAGGUGUAUUGUGACCGGUUCUUCACCACCAUCAAAGGUGCGCAACGAAUGAUGGAGAAAGAGCUGUACAUGACUGGUACAAUAAUGAAGAACCAACUCGCUGAAGCGAAGCAUAAGUUACCCAGUGACAAAGCCAUGAAAAACGCAGGAAGAGGUACCUCAUCAGAAGUUUCCGCUGAAGAUGGAAAGUUGUGUGUAGUGAAAUGGUACGACAACAAACCAGUAUUGCUGAUCUGUUGUUCAUGGUACACAGCCUGAAGACACCUGCCAGCGCUGGGACAAGAAAGUGAAACAAUAUGUCACUGUCUCGCGACCAAGCAUUGUCCGUGAGUACAACAUCAAGAUGGGUGGAGUUGAUUUGAUGGAUAGAAUGAUAAGUUGCUAUCGCAUGAGCACCCGUACUAAGAAGUGGACAAUGCGGAUGGUAAUGCACUUCACGGAUCUGGCUUUAGCCAACAGCUGGCUACGCUACCGAAAAGACCAUGCAAUAUGUGCUGGACCAAAGACAAGACCCAUCCAGUUCCUUCAGUUCCGCAUGGAAGUGGCUAAGAUCCUCUUGGCCCAGCAUCACGGUGCAGAUGCAGACCUUUCGACACAGUCAGAGGAAGAAGAAGAUUCAAACCAGGGAGUGAAACGUCAUGUGACAGAGUUGCCCCAUGUCUCGGUCCGCAGGAGGGCUAAUGCCCACCUCCCAGAGAUGAUCGGCCUGAAGAAUGCAAUGCGCUGCAGACAACUAGGCUGCACUGGAAGAACCAGAGUGCGUUGUAUGACCUGCAAAGUGUUCCUGUGCUUGCAAACCGAGUGCAACUGUUACUCAGCCUUUCACACAUAAGUGAUGGCAGUGAUUCUCAAGGUGUGUACAUGUUCCUUGGUUCCUCCAUGUUCUCCGACUCCGUGAAGGUCAAUCAAUCAGGUGACCUCUGGGCCUCUGUAAGCAGGCCUGGUCCUUCAGUGCUCAGUUAUCGCAGCCUUUAACAUGUUCCCUUUUUUACAUUACCAAUGCAAAAUGUCACAUGAGCUACUACUAUGUUUUUUCUUUUUUUCACUAUGAUGUUCAAAACACAUUAGUAGCCUAAUGCAAGAGUGACUAUUUAAAAUGCUUUGA